AUGGCGUGUAUCGGGGACGCGGACCCCUUCACCGCAGCCAUCCCCGCCACCAAAGUUGAACUCACCGUCUCGUGCAGAAACCUGCUGGACCGAGACACAUUCUCUAAAUCGGAUCCCAUUUGUGUGCUGUACACUCAGGGGAUAGCAAACAGGGAAUGGAGAGAGUUUGGCAGGACAGAAGUGAUCGACAACACACUCAACCCCGACUUUGUGCGGAAAUUUAUCGUGGAUUAUUUCUUUGAGGAGAGGCAAAAUCUACGUUUUGACCUGUACGAUUUGGACUGCAAGAGCGACAACCUCUCUAAACAUGAUUUCCUUGGCCAGGCCUUUUGCACGCUGGGCGAGAUCGUGGGCUCAUUGGGAAGCCGCUUGGAGAAAGUUUUGAUGGGUAUUCCUGGGAAGAAAUGCGGAACGUUGAUCGUGAGAGCCGAGGAGCUGAGCAACUGCCGGGAGUCGGUCAUGCUGCAGUUCUGCGGCAACAAAUUGGACAAGAAGGAUUUCUUUGGCAAGUCGGACCCUUUCCUCGUCUUCUACCGCAGUAAUGAAGACGGAUCAUUCACCAUUUGCCACAAGACAGAGGUGGUGAAGAACACUCUUGAUCCCGUGUGGCAGGCCUUCAAGAUUCCUGUUAGAGCACUCUGCAAUGGCGACUACGACAGGAGCAUCAAGGUGGAAGUGUACGACUGGGACAGAGAUGGGGGACAUGACUUUAUCGGCGACUUCACUACCAGCUACAGAGAAAUGUCUAGAAGCCAGUCACAGUUCCAUAUCUAUGAGGUGCUUAAUCCAAAGAAGAAAGGAAAGAAGAAGAAAAAGUACCAAAACUCGGGAACGGUGACCCUGCUAUCGUGCUUGGUGGACACCGAGCUGUCCUUCUUGGACUACAUCCGAGGCGGGACGCAGAUUAAUUUCACAGUGGCGAUCGAUUUCACGGCGUCAAACGGCAACCCGUCGCAGCCCACCUCUUUGCACUACAUGAGCCCAUACCAGCUGAACGACUACGCUAUGGCGCUACGGGCGGUGGGAGAGAUCAUCCAGGACUACGACAGCGACAAGAUGUUCCCGGCGCUCGGCUUCGGAGCCAAGCUGCCGCCUGACGGACGCGUCUCACACGAGUUCGCUCUGAAUGGCAACCCGCAGAAUCCGUAUUGUAGCGGCAUCGAGGGCGUGAUGGAGGCUUAUUAUCAGAGUCUCAAGUCAGUGCGUCUCUACGGGCCCACCCACUUCUCCCCGGUCAUCAACCACGUGGCCAGGUACGCAUCGGCAGUGACGGACGGCUCUCAAUACUUCAUCCUGCUCAUCAUCUCAGACGGCGUCAUCACUGACAUGGCUCAGACCAAAGAGUCUAUCGUCAAUGCCGCCUCUCUGCCCAUGUCAAUUAUAAUUGUCGGGGUCGGACCAGCGGAAUUUGAUGAAAUGAUUGAAUUAGAUGGCGAUGAGGAGCGGAUCUCUUCACAAGGACGUUUCGCCGAACGGGACAUUGUUCAGUUUGUUCCGUUCCGGGACUACAUCGACCGCAGGGGCAAUCACAUCCUCAGCAUGGCCCGGCUGGCUAAGGAAGUGCUGGCAGAAAUUCCCGACCAGUUUCUUUCUUAUAUGAGGACGCGGGGGAUUAAACCCGGUCCGCUGCCACCCCCUUACACACCAUGCCCCCCGCCGGCCCUCCACCCUCUUCUCACCAGACGGGUAAGCCGGAUCUAA